AUGUUCAGAUCUGAAAAGGUUGAUCAAGAAGGUCAGGUCUUUGGCGAAGUUCAUGAUGAUCCUGGCCAUGCACACGAUGCCGUUUUCGGAAGAAUCACAAAUGACGGUCCAAAUUACCGCAAUGUUGGGUGGGUUGGCACAGCUGGUCUGAUGAUGAAAACACAGCUUGGUCUUGGCAUCUUGUCUAUCCCCUCUGUGUUCGAUACCUUGGGAAUGAUCCCUGGUUUGAUCUGUCUUUGCGUCGUCGCUUCAAUAACGACAUGGUCCGACUACGAGGUAGGUAUCUUUAAGCUUCGUCAUCGCGAAGUAUAUGGUAUCGAUGAUGCGGGAGCGUUGAUGUUUGGCCGGGCAGGUCGAGAGAUAUUUGGAUUUGCUUUUGGGCUUUAUUGGACGUUCGUGUGUGGAUCGGCUAUGUUGAGUGUGUCGAUUGGCUUCAAUGCUGUCUCUAAUCAUGGAACAUGCACUGCGGUGUUCGUUGCAGUAGCAGCCAUUACUGGUUUUAUCUUUGCUAGUAUCCGUACACUAGGCAAACUUAGCUGGCUCGCCUGGAUCGGGCUUGUAUGCGUCAUUACCUCUGUUAUCAUCCUCACGGUUGCCGUUGGAAUCCAAGAUAAACCUGCAGCUGCCCCUGCAGAUGCCGUAUGGGUAUCGGAUUACCAUCUAUUCAAGAAGCCGAGCUUUACCAACGCCAUCUCAGCCAUUUGCUCGUUGGUCUUUGCAUAUGCAGGCACCCCGGCCUUCUUCUCCAUUGCAGCAGAGAUGCGAGACCCUAGACACUAUACACGGUCACUGAUACUUUGCCAAACUGUUAUUAGCGCUUGCUAUAUUGCAAUUGGUUGUGUGGUGUAUUACUUCUGUGGCUCUUAUGUUGCGUCUCCAGCCCUUGGAUCUGCAGGUGUCUUGAUCAAAAGGGUCACCUAUGGGAUUGCUCUCCCGGGACUUAUAGUCACAACAAUGUUGACUUGCCAUCUGGCUAGUAAGCACGUUUUUGUGCGUGUUCUGCGUGGUUCCAAACAUUUCGCUGCCAAUACCUUCACCCACUGGGCGUCCUGGAUAGGAUGCACCUUUGGAAUAACUGUUGUCGCAUAUGUCAUCGCAAGUGGAAUCCCAAUCUUCAGUGGUCUUGUAUCGUUGAUUGGUGCUUUGCUAGCUACAUCCUUGUCGUUUCAACCGAUGGGCUGCAUGUGGCUUUAUGAUAACUGGAAGCGUGGCAAGCAAGAUCGGCGCAUUACUUGGUUCAUCGGGGUGUUCUGGAGUGUCACUAUCAUAGUUUUAGGAUCAUUCUUGACUGUCGCUGGGACAUAUGCUUCUGUAGUGGACAUCAUGGCAUCGUAUAAGGUGUCUGGCGGAUCAGCAGCUUGGUCUUGUGCUGACAAUUCGGACUCUGUGUAG